GUGGAGAUUUACGAGAAGCGGAGGGACCUCGCGCGGUCGUUGGACAGCGCCACGAGCGUCCUCGCGACGCUCGACAGGAUCGUCUUGACCGCGUUCCACGUCGUCCUGCUCUUCAUCGCCAUGGCGAUCUUCGACAUGAACAUCAUGGAGAUGUGGUUCACCGUGUCCUCCGUGCUGCUCGCGUUCGCGUUCAUGUUCGGCAACUCCGUGAAGGUGCUCUUCGAGUCCAUCAUCUUCAUCUUCAUCGUGCACUCGUUCGACAUCGGGGACAACAUCUUGAUCAACGGCGAGCGGCACGUGGUGCGGAACAUCUCGAUCAUGAACACGGAGACGACGAAGUGGAACGGGCAGGUGAUCUACUACCCCAACACGGUCCUGAACACCGCGCCGCUCGUCAACCUGACGCGCACGAAGCAUCUCACCGACGAGCAGACGUGGGUCGUGGACAUUCACACCUCCGCGCGCGUGUUCGAAGCGCUGCCGUUAUACCUGCACGCGUUUCAGAUGUCGCACGCGGAGGACUUUCUGGACUGCACGCCCAGGAUUUACUCGCACGCGGACGACCCGUUGAAGAUCAAGCUCACGGUGUAUUACGAGUACUCGUUCAACGGGCUCCCGCCGGCGAGGGCGGGGAAGGCGAGGGACAAGCUCGGUCUCGCGAUGCGAAAGUUUCUCAUCGACAACGGCGUGGUGUACAAGCAACAGCCGCUGCCGGUCGAAAUUUUGAGCGGGCCG